AUGGAGGAGGUUGGAGUCUUUCAAGAGAAGAAGAGGAUGCAAGCAAACGCAGAAAAAGAGUUCCAGAUUGCUUCAUGCCUCCCCAUGUUAGCGAUCAUAUACAUGGAUCAUGUUGAUAUCCCGGCGGGCCUCCCAAAUGAGCAUGCUAUUGAUUAUUCCGUGCCGAGGAUACGUUUUGUUUGCCAAAAGGAUUUUGAGUGGCUGGAUAAAGUUGACAAGAACAAGCUCACUCUUAUCCAACCUUUCUACGGGAAACACACCCAUAUCCGGAGUUUGUGCAACACCCCCUAUGCAGCACAACUUGUGGGACAGGAAGUUGGUGCUGAAGCAGCUAGUGGGCAGGGAGGUGGUGCUGAAGCACCUAGUGGCCAAGGAAUUAGUGGCCAAGGAAGCCAAGUUCAAGGUGCUGAAAAUCAAGCAAAGAACUCUCAAUCAAACGAGGCUCAACAAAAUGUUGAUGCUGAACCACACCUAUCAUCAUCGCUGAACGAGUGGCUGCAGCAAUCAUUCCCUAGCAUGCAAGAUCUAAGGGUACCAACUCAGUUUCAAAUGCUUUACGACAAGCACAAGGGUAUUUUUGCAGCGGAGGUGGAUGAUGUUGUAGGCAAGUUUGGACAGUGUUUAAAGGGAUUGCAGUGCAGCCGGAUGGCUGCCCUCCUUCGCGAUGUUGGAGACGCCGUCACAACUACCAGUGAGCCCAACUUCUCCUUCGAAGCACCUAUCAUGGACGAAUGUCGCGGAAAAGAGAAUGAUGCUAAAGCUGCAAAUGAUGGCAUUGGUGCUCAAGCUCAAUCUGAAGGUACAACACCUAGCAUUAACAAGGAUGAAGUCACCGGAUUGAAGCAACAAGUAGCAACCGAGGCUGCUGAAACUCGUGAGCAACAAAUAGUGAGUUUCGAGAUGGAAGGGAACGUCUCACCUCACAGCCCCCCACUCUUCUAUGAUGCACCCAGGAGUGCGACAGCUGGCAUUUGGGACGACGAGCCAUCCUGUGAGUUGUUCCCAAAGGGCUCCGAAGACUACGAGAUGAUGCAUUGCACGGAUGAGCCUAUAACCAAGAAAAGCACAGUCAGCCCCAUAUUUGAAAACAUCCCCGUGUUCCCUGUUUCAGACGAUGAUGACAGCCCAACUCCUAAUAUGGUCGCUACAGAAGAGCAUUUUGUUGAGGCAAGCAGUGGCCCUAGCACACAUGACAAGAACACUAGGAAGAAGAGGAUGGCCAAAGUUCCAGCGGUAAAAAAUACCAAGGCAAAGAAGCAAAAGGUUGAUGUAGCUGCAGCCAUGUAUGAGAAGUAUGUAAAGCAUGGGAAACCAUUGAGGAGAUCACAUGCCAAUGAACAAGUGACACCUUUCAUCAAGAUGGGUGGAUUUUACAUUGGAUACAAGAAAUUCCUGGUAUGCUUCAAGCCUCGUGGGGAUAUGAAUGAUGAGGUUAUGUCCCUAUGCAUCGAGAUGAACAACAUGACAUCCCGUGCAGCAAGUGGUACGAAUCGGAAGAAAUACAUGUUCUCAGUCCACGCGGGGAUGCUACUAAAACAAGACCCAACAACCUUCCAACCAGCAAAACUCAUACCCGAGCUUGAAAGGGCUGUGACAAAGUUCAAGGCGAAUAAAUAUGACCUCCUUUUUUUCACAAUUGUUCAUGAUAAGCACUGGAUAAUUGUUUGCGCAAACUUGCUAUACAAGCAGUGGAAUGUAUUUGACUCAAUCCAUUCAAAAGGAAAACAAUCUCCUUUGAAGAAGCAAGCAAAUAACCUGAUCACAAACUUUGCAGCCCUCGCACAAGAGUACAGCCAAUUCAAUGUCGAUGUUGGAUCCUUCGCCCGUGUUGACCUAGAGGAUUACCCAAAGCAAGAUAACCUAUGUGAUUGUGGCUUUUUCGGGCUCAAAUAUGUGGAGAACUUUGAUGGGAAGUCAAUGAAAGAGUUCAAUCAGGAAGACGUGGCGCGAUACCGCAUGGAUGUGGUGCACAACCUUUGCACUCACCCAAUGAACAAUGCCCCAAUGGAGCGGGCAUUCAAUGAAGAGUUGGCGGCUUAAUUUGCGGGAGGGUUCAAGACGAUCAAGCUCGUUUUCUUUCGUUAGGUCUAGAAUCAUGUCUGAGG